UCUUUCUCCACACACACAAAAAACCCUCUCUGUGGUCAAAAUUGAGAAAAUCAGAAUGGUGAAAAAAGGAGGGACGAAGAGGAAGAUUGCGAUUGAGAUGAUACAGAAGAGUGAUUACCUUAGGGUUACUUGCACCAAACGCCGUGAAGGUCUCUUUAGCAAAGCCUCUCAGCUUUGUCUUCUCUCCGAUGCACAAAUCGCUAUCUUAGCGACUCCUCCUUCUUCUGAAUCCAACGUCUCCUUCUACUCCUUCGGUCACUCCUCCGUUGAUACCGUUGUCUCUUCUUUUCUCUCCGGACAACGUCCUGUUCCUGUUCAGGAGGAUACCAAAGAGACGAGGGAGGACGUUGGUAUCUGCUUGUCUCGUAAAAAUCUAGGGUUAGGGUUUUGGUGGAACAACGAGAGCCUUAACAAAUCGGAGAAUCCUCAAGAGAUUAGUGACGCUAUCGAUUCCAUGUGGACGUUGUUGAGUAAUCUCAAGGAAUUGAGUGCGGAGGAGGCUUUGGUUAACGAUCACAAGGACUUGAAGAAGAAUGAGAAGAGCCAUGUUGUUUUACAACACGGAACUCAAGAUCAAACCCUAAAUCUUAAGUCCAACAGUUCUGCAAUUUGUUACGUCCCUGAUGAAUUACCUGCAAAUUUCAACGAGAUUGUUGGAAUCUUACCAAAUUCUUUGAUUAUGCUAGAAAAUAAAAAAUCACAAAUUGAAGAAAGUCUCGCUGUGGUGAAAAUUGAGAAAAUCAGAAUGGUGAAAAAAGGAGGGACGAAGAGGAAGAUUGCCAUUGAGAUGAUACAGAAGAGAGAUUCUCUUAGGGUUACUUGCACCAAACGCCGUGAAGGUCUCUUUAGCAAAGCCUCUCAGCUUUGUCUUCUCUCCGGUGCACAAAUCGCUAUCUUGGCGACUCCUCCUUCUUCCGAAUCCAACGUCUCCUUCUACUCUUUCGGUCACUCCUCCGUUGAUGGCGUUGUCUCUUCUUUUCUCUCCGGACAACGUCCUGUUUCGGCUCCUGUUCCUGAGGAUAACAAAGAGAUGAGGGAGGACGUUGGUGUCUGCCUGACUCGUAAGAAUCUAGGGUUAGGGUUUUGGUGGAAUAACGAGAGCCUUGCCAGAUCGGAGAAUCCUCAAGAGCUUAGUGACGCUAUCGAUUCCAUGUGGACGUUGUUGAGUAGUCUCAAGGAAUUGCGUGCCGAGGAAGCUUUCGUCAAUGAUCACGAGGACUUGAAGAAGAACGAGAAGAGCGAUGUUGUUUUACAUCACGCAACUGAAGAUGAUCAACCCCUAAAUCUUCAGUCCACUUCUGCAAUUGGUUGCAUCCCUGAUGAUUUACCACAAAAGUUCAACGAGAUCACUCAAGAGCCAGAUCAAACCCUAGAUAUUCAGUCUAGUAGUUCUGAAAUUUGUUGCGUCCCUGAUGAAUCACCUGCAACUUUCAACGAGAUCACAGAAGAACAAGAUCAGAUUCUCUCGAUUUGUGAAAGUUUUUGUGUUACGGACAACAACAACAACACCAACAAUGCUUUACCUGAAGUAAACUUGGAUUAUGAUCAAGACAUGGAUAUUGAUCAACUCAUUGAUUUCGAUACGCCUUUUGAAAGCUCCCUCGAUGAUUGGUUUUCGGAAAACACUCAUCAGGAGACUACUACUGCAAGUCUUUUGACCAAUUCUGAAGCUGAUGAUGAUCAUGUCUCGGUGGAUCCAAAUCUGUUUUCUGAUUUUGAGGGCCUUGAAGAUGGAGAUUUUUUUUUCCAGAGAUGUUUAGAUGAUGAUGAUCGACGAUUCUCUGUGUUUUUCCACGACUUUGCAAACACUAUUGCAGCACUUUGAAGAUAAUCUCUCUGCAUUUUUCAAAUUAACUUCUAAUUACUUCUUUAUAUGUAUGUAUUUUUUAUGUAUGUGUUGAUUCGGUUAAAUUUGGUUAGAGAUAUGUCUUCUAAAUGUAAUGAAUGAAGGGUCUGGUUUGAUCUCGAUCAGUUUCCAUAUAUGCGGGAAAUUGAUCGAACUCAAACUGGUUCUGCUUCAGUUUGGUUUAUUGAUAAAUAUUUGUGUUCUGUUUCUAUGCUUUGUAUUUGUAGUUUCAUGUCCAGAGUCAUGUUUAUUGAUAUAAAUCUACUCAGAUAAGAAAAGGAAAAUAUCUUU